AUGCCCACUGUGCUUCAUCGAAAAGGUCUAUUCACCGCCAGUGCAUUACUGAAUGUAAAAAAUCAUGCAACAAAAGUAUUAAUCAUCAAUGCAAAUAAUCGUCAAUUUACUUUAUCGAAACAUACAAAAUUGGGUACAAUAGCAUUCCAGACUGAAUCAAUAAUUUGUUAUACAAUUGCAUCUAAACCAAUAAAAGGGAAUGUUCGUUUUCGCACGGACAAAUUCCGUGAAUUAAAUGAUUUACAUGUACAUCUGCGUCAACAAUGUUAUCCAACACAAAUUCGUGAACAUAUUGAUACAAUGACGAAGCAUAUCGAAAACGAGGAUCUACAUGAACAAUUACAAGGUAUUUUAUGGAAAAACGGGCGCUUAUUUGACACACAACCAUCAGUGAUAAAUUACACUUUGGAAGGUGCCAUAAACACGGGUAAUCAUCCUCCUAUUCACAUACCACCGUAUAGGCAAUCGGGGAAAGAUCAACAACGUAUACAAGAUGAAACGGAUAAAUUAUUGAAACAAGAUAUUAUCGAACCAUCGACAUUCCCGUGGUCCAGUCCAGUCGUAUUGGUACCAGUCAUUCCCAAGGGUAAAAUACGAAAAAGUAUCAUGCAGAUAUAUCAUGAUACUCGUGCCAAUGGCUCACAUUUCGCCCGUGAUCGUACAUUAAAGACAAUACGUGAACGUUAUUUUUGGUCAGGGAUGAACAAAGGCAUACGAAAAUAUGCACGAAUAAUGUCCUGA